AUGGUCCCCAAGGUCGGGGCGUCCCAUCGCGCGCGGCGCCCGCUGCCCUGGGCGGCGCUGCUGCUCCUAGCUGCGCUGCUGCCCGUCGUCUCCCCGGCGGGGGCUGCUCCAGCUGACCACCCACUGAAGCCAAGGCACGUGAAACUGCUGUCCACUAAAAUGGGCCUGAAAGUCACGUGGGACCCACCCAAAGAUGCUACCAGUAGAUCCGUGGAGCAUUACAACAUUGCCUAUGGGAAGUCACUGAAAAGUCUUAAAUACAUCAAGGUGAAUGCGGAGACGCACUCCUUCCUUAUUGAGGAUGUGGAACCGGGGGUAGUGUACUUUGUGCUGGUUACUGCAGAAAACAGCAAUGGAGUGAGCCGUCCUGUUUACAGAGCGGAGAGCCUGCCUGGAGGUGAAUGGAUCAAGAUUGAUGGUUUUCCCAUUAAGGGUCCAGGACCAUUUAAUGAAACCGUCACAGAAAAGGACGUGCCCAACAAGCCCUUGCGGGUCCGAGUCCGCUCCUCCGACGACCGGCUGUCCGUGGCGUGGAAAGCACCGCGCCUGUCUGGAGCCAAGAGUCCACGCCGAUCCCGGGGCUUCCUUCUGGGCUAUGGAGAAAGUGGCCGGAAGAUGAAUUACGUCCCACUGACGAGAGAUGAGCGAACGCAUGAAAUCAAAAAGCUAGCCUCCGAGUCGGUGUACGUGGUCUCUCUGCAGUCCAUGAACUCCCGGGGGCAGAGUCAGCCGGUCUACAGGGCUGCCCUAACGAAGCGGAAGAUUUCAGAAGAGGAUGAACUGGACGUACCUGAAGACAUCAACGUCCGGGUUAUGUCGUCCCAGUCUGUGCUGGUAGCUUGGGUGGAUCCUGUUUUGGAAAAACAGAAGAAAGUUGUUGCAUCAAGACAGUACACCGUGCGCUACCGAGAAAAGGGGGAGUCGGCGAGAUGGGAUUACAAGCAGGCCUCCAACAGACGCGUGCUGGUCGAGAACCUGAGUCCAGACACCAUGUAUGAAUUUGCAGUCCGCAUUUCCCAGGGUGAACGAGACGGCAGGUGGAGUACAUCUGUCUUCCAGAGAACACCGGAGUCUGCUCCUACCUCAGCUCCUGAAAAUUUAAACGUCUGGCCAGUCAAUGGCAAGCCUACAGCUGUCACUGUAGCUUGGGAUGCUCUGCCUGAGACCGACGGGAAAGUGAAAGAGUACAUUCUUUCAUACGCCCCGGCUCUCAAACCAUUUGGAGUGAAGUCCCUCACCUACCCUGGAGAGACGACGUCUGCCCGGGUAGAAGGUCUGCAGCCUGGGGAACGCUAUCUUUUCAAAAUCCGGGCCGCCAACAGGAGAGGACUGGGGCCUCAUUCCAAAGCCUUCAUUGUUGCUCUGCCACCAACCCCUACCAGUGAGUCUGACGUUCAACAGAAAACAGACACGGAAGAUCAGCACAAACCUGAAAAGCCUGAGCCUUCCUCAUCUCCUAAAGCGCCAGCUCCCUCAAAACAUACUCACUUGCCUGUUUCUCCCCAAGGGAGAAAUGUCAAGAGCCCGCUUCUCGACUUGAAGAACAAAAUAUUGGCUAACGGUGGACUGCUCAGAAAAGCCCAGCUUCCCCCCAGGAAGAAUGGAGGUUCGGGUCUUCAGUCCACAGAAAUCACCGACGAAGAGGAGUCGGAUUCCCGCGGGGACCCACCAACCUCGCCCCCGGAGACCCAAGGCCAGAAGUCCCAGCAGAGGCCACCAAGCAGGCCUAUCCACCCGGUCCUCGCCGCUGGGAGGACUCCAGUGAGAGCCCGCACGCCCGUGCUGCCGCGAAAGGAAGGCGUGGACCAGCGCAGCUCCUCGCCCACUUCCCACCCUCGUCCGGGGGCGCCCCCCUCCGCAUCUGCUUCUUCUUCUGCCUCCCGUCCACCCCCCGAGAGCAGCGCUCACCGCCUUUCUGGGGGACCCUCCACCAGCCGGCCUUCCAGCUCUACUGACAAUGACUCAGUGGGUCUAGAGGAGGAGGAAACCACCGCGCGCUCCCCGCCCCCCAAGGACGCCCUGUCGGAACACCUGCCUGGCAAGAGCGCAGCGCACGCUCGGCCGGCCCUGUCUUCCGGCCGCCACCCGGCCUGGAGCGCCCUUCGCGACCGAAGCGUGGCACACCAUGGCACCAGACCAGCCCUGCCCGCCCGGAGGGCGCCCCACUCUGAGGAUAGGGAGGAAGGUUCCAGGGCCUCAGCCCCACCUUCGAGACUUUCUCCAUCUCCUGGGGGGUCAUCUCGGCUCCUGAUCACCGAACCACAGCCUGGGUCUCUGCUCUCCCGGGGCUGGAAGGAUGGUCAGGACAUGCCGGCCGCCAGGUCCAAUGCGCCAUCAGGGUCCACCCGGCCGUCCUCGAGGACACAGGCCUCUGAGGGAGCAGGCGACUCCGAUGGCGAUGGUGACAGUGAUGCAGAAGAGGGAGGGAGGCCGGCUGCAGCCACGGCCCCAACAUUUAGGUCCCGGCUGCCCGCAGGCCCGCCAGUCUCUGGACACUUCAGUUCGCUCAGAAAUAGACCCUUCGCUGCCCACGGCAGAUAUCCACACAGGUUUGGCAAUGGCCGGGGAGCCCGGUUGCACCCCUCCAGCUCCCCUCCGUCCACCGCAUCCUCCCGGGUUCACCUGAGGGUGGAUUCUCACCCAGCUUCUGACCAUCGGCACGGCCCCGGAGGCCAAGACGACAGCGAAGAGGAGGCCGAAGACGAAAAGCCACUUCCUGCCACCGUGGUGAACCAUCACGUGUCUUCCUCCUCCAGGCAGCCUGCCUCCCGGGGCGCGGACCAUCUGAGAAGAGGCCCCCAGAGAGGGGCGAGCCUGCAGCGGAAGGAGCCCCUCCCAGAGAACCCCAAAUCCACGGGCACUUGGGCUGGGGUGCCCCCUCAGGCCAAACCUCCGUCCUCUAAGGCUCAGGACACGCAGCAGAGCACAGACGCGGGUGCGGAGAGGGGGUCUCCCGAAACGCAGCUGGGUGGCCGGCCGCCUGCGCCACGGUCUGUGCAUCACCCGGGGCCCACGGGGCCCCAAAGGAUGGGUGCCGGGUCCGCUGCUCUGGAAAAGUCGCCCUCCUCAGCCGUCCCGGCGUCCCAGCCGCAGCCCCACGGCCCACGGAGCAAGGAAGUGGGGCAUCCUCCUUCCAGACCCCAGCCUGCGUUCCCCUCCGAGGCUGGCCGUCCGCACCCCACGUCGCAGGAAAGCUCCUUCUCAGACUCUUACUCGUCCAGAGGUGGACAGUCCUCCCGUGCGGCGUCUCCCCAGAAUCUGGACGACGACAGCGCAGAAGCGAGGACCGGGGGCGUCCGGGCCCCCGCAUACUCGGCUGGUGCCAAGGACGCCACCCCGUCUCUUCCCAAGCACCGCCAGGUGGACGCUCAGGCAGGAAGCGCAGGCGAUGGUCACCUGCGCAGGCCCACGGGCAGGCCCGGCAGCCUGCACCCCUACGCCCGCACCAGGGUCGCGGGCAGAGCAGGCCCCCAGUGGGCGGGGAGGAAGGACGGGGCGUCCCAGGCCUCGCCAGCCAAAAGGGAGCCCCUGCCGUCCAAAUCUCAGCAGUCGGUGUCAGCCGAGGAGGAUGAAGACGUGAUGUUCUUUAAGGGAGGAAAGGACAAGGACCCGCAGUCUUCCUCUGCUCCGAAGUGGCCCUCCUCCUUCAGCCCCAGGGGCGGCAAACAAGUGGAUGGGACCCUCGCUAAGGGGGAAACGGAGCCCGCUAUUGUGCUGGCGCCCCCCAGGGUGGGCUCCCCGCACGACGAGAACGCCACCCCGGUGAAGCGGCCUCUUUCUCCACCUGCGGGCAGCCCCCCGAGAGCCUCGCACCUCCCGCCCAGACAGCCCACUCGCAGCCCUGCCGCCACCCCGAGCCCCACGGUGGGCACCCCCGCGCCGUCGCGGUUCACCAUGCACGCGCCUGUCCCGUCUGCCCCCACCACCCCGAUGCUCUCCUUGCGGCAGCGGAUGAUGAACUCCAGGUUCCGGAACCCGUUCUCACGCGCGCCGGUGAGACCCCCUUCAAGAGCAGGUUAUAAUGGAAGACCAAAUGGAGAAGGGAGAGUACUUGCUGGUAGUAAUGGAAAACCAAGUGGACAAAGAAUUAUCAAUGGCCCUCAAGGAACAAAGUGGGUCGUGGACCUUGAUCGUGGGUUAGUAUUGAAUGCAGAAGGAAGGUACCUACAAGAUUCACAAGGAAAUCCUCUCCGGAUUAAACUAGGCGGAGAUGGUCGAACCAUUGUGGAUCUGGGAGGGACUCCCGUGGUGAGCCCUGAUGGCCUCCCGCUCUUUGGACAGGGGCGCCAUGCCAAACCCUUGGCCAGUGCCCAGGAUAAGCCCAUUUUGAGUCUUGGAGGCAAGCCCCUGGUGGGCUUGGAGGUCAUCAAAACAACCACCCGUGCCCCCAUCACAACCACGAGAACCACCACCACCACCCGCCGGCCCACCACGACCCCUCGGCCCACCACCACCACCACUCGCCCAACGACCACCCGAACCACGACCCAGAGAACCACCACCACCACCCCGGAACCCACAACCCCUGUCCCCACCUGUCCCCCCGGGACCCUGGAACGGCAUGACGAAGAUGGCAACCUCAUAAUGGGCUCACGUGGGGUCCCGGAGUGCUACCCUGAGGAAGAUGAGUUCUCGGGGCUGGAGACUGACACGGCAGUGCCCACGGAAGAGGCGUACGUCAUCUAUGAUGAAGAUUAUGAAGUUGAGACCUUGGGGCCGCCGCCCACCACCCAGCCCUCCACCACCACCACCACCACCACCACCACCACCACCACCACCACCACCACCACCACGCCCGCCGUCAUCCCGCCUGAAGGCUCCAUCAGUUCCUACCCCGAAGAAGAAUUCGAUCUGGCUGGGAAGAAACGUUUUGUUGCUCCUUACGUGACGUACCUAAAUAAAGACCCGUCCGCCCCAUGCUCUCUGACUGAUGCUCUAGAUCACUUCCAAGUGGAGAGCUUGGAUGAAAUCAUUCCAAAUGACCUGAAGAAGAGUGACACACCUCCUCAGCAUGUCCCCCGCAACAUCACUGUGGUCGCGGUGGAAGGCUGCCACUCAUUUGUCAUUGUGGACUGGGACAAAGCCGCCCCAGGGGAUGUGAUAACAGGUUACUUGGUUUACAGUGCGUCCUAUGAAGACUUCAUCAGGAACAAGUGGUCCACCCAGGCUUCAUCAGUAACUCACCUGCCCAUUGAGAACCUGAAGCCCAACACGAGGUAUUAUUUUAAAGUUCAAGCCAAAAAUCCUCACGGCUAUGGACCUGUCAGCUCUUCAGUCUCAUUUGUUACAGAAUCAGAUAAUCCUCUUCUUGUCGUGAGGCCACCAGGUGGCGAGCCCAUCUGGAUCCCGUUUGCUUUCAAACAUGACCCUGGCUACACGGACUGCCACGGCCGACAGUAUGUGAAGCGGACUUGGUACAGGAAGUUCGUGGGAGUCGUUCUUUGCAACUCACUGCGGUAUAAGAUCUACCUCAGUGACAACCUGAAAGAUACAUUCUACAGCAUUGGGGACAGUUGGGGAAGAGGUGAAGACCACUGUCAAUUUGUGGAUUCACACCUUGAUGGAAGAACAGGGCCUCAGUCCUACAUUGAAGCCCUCCCUAACAUUCAAGGCUACUAUCGCCAAUACCGCCAGGAGCCAGUCAGCUUCGGCAACAUAGGUUUUGGAACUCCCUACUACUAUGUGGGCUGGUAUGAGUGUGGGGUGUCCAUCCCAGGGAAGUGGUAACUGCAGGAAGAUCGUGCCGGAAGCUUGCCCUGCCGACCCCCUUGUUCACUUGAGUGAGGGCCUGCGAGCAGGAAAAGAGGCAGUGUCCCAAGCCCCCUGCUGUCCCCAGUGUCAGCAAGGCCACACAGUGGACACUGGACACUUCAGGCGUCUUCAGUCUGGAGCUCAGUCCGACAUCUCGGCCUGGACCACACACCGGCUUCAGUGUUGCUGUUAACUUUGCUUCUCUACAGGUUUUACUUAUAACAGCAUGUCCCAGAGAUGGCACAGGCACUCAGCUAUGGGGAUGCACGGUGCAAUUUUCAUCCUUUUCAGGCCCAAAGUUCAGAUGCUUCAGUAUCUCCAGGGAUUAGUAUCAACAUGCUCAGCUUGCUUCAUGGAACACCACCUGCUUUCUUUUUUCUCACUGGACUCCUCCCAAAGUAGCUAAAUUUAAGCUUUGGAUCCCUCUCUAUGCAGUAGAACUGAAUUAUUAAAAAUGCCACUGAAGGAAAUGUAGCCUACUUAAGAUUUAUUCUGUGGACUUACCCACUGCUAGA